CAUUAUAAUAGUCCAGAUUCUCAUGUUGGAAGGGCUUUUAAAAUGAGAAAAGAAAUUCCAAAUUCUAUUGUGUUGGAUCAGUACAAAAACUGUACAAAUCCAUUGGCUCAUUAUGAAAGUACAGCAGAAGAAAUUUUAGAUGCUUUGGAUGGGAAAGUAGAUAUGGUUGUUAUUGGUGUAGGUACUGGAGGUUCGAUAACAGGAAUAUCAAGAAAGAUGCGCAAACGUUGCCCUCAAUGCAUUAUUGUUGGUGUUGAUCCACAAGGAUCAGUAUUGUCUUCUGGGACUCAUGGAAAAGAAGAAAAUAGUCAUCAUGAAAGAUAUCAAGUAGAAGGGAUUGGUUACCAAUUUGUGCCUUCUGUUCUUGAUAUGAAUGAUGUUGAUCGAUGGGAGAAAACAGAAGACUCCGAAACAUUCCAAAUGGCCAGAGAAUUACACUUAAAAGAAGGAAUUUUGUGUGGAGGUUCUUCUGGUGCUAUACUUGUUGGUGCUCUACGUGCAGCUAAGCAAUUAAAGAAGGGGCAGAAUUGUGUUUUUCUUUUGCCGGAUGGGGCUAGAAAUUAUUUAAAUAAAUUUCUUAGUGAUGAAUGGAUGGUGAGGAAUUUUAAUUUUAAUUUGAAUUUUUGA